UCCCACAUUGGCCGUGAGCGCAAGGAGGACGUCACCUACGACUUCCACUUCGACCGGGUGUUUCCCCCGUCCAGCUCUCAGGAGAGCGUCUUCGAGGAAAUCGCCCUGCUGGUCCAGUCAGCCUUGGACGGGUAUCAUGUCUGCAUAUUCGCCUACGGGCAAACGGGAAGUGGCAAGACCUACACGAUGGAGGGCCCCGAGGACGCGGCCCCCGAGACGGCAGGUGUGAUUCCUCGGGCCGUGAGGCGGAUCUUCGAAACCUCCCGUGAGAUGGAAGCCAAGGGGUGGCAGUACCAGUUCACAGCCAACUUCCUGGAGAUCUACAACGAGUCGCUGCGGGAUCUUUUGGUGCUGCGGCCGGAGCAGAAUGGGGAUCUGGAGAUCCGCCGAGUGAGCCAGUUCACAGAGGAGCUGCACGUCCCCAACCUCUCCUGCGUCUCCGUCUCUUCUGAGGAGGAGGUCCAGAGGCUGCUGCUGACGGCCAAGGCCCACCGCUCCGUGGCCAGGACCAACCUGAACGAGCGCUCCUCCCGCAGCCACAGCCUCUUCCAGCUCCGUGUGGAGGGCAGGAACGCCAAGCGGGGGCUCCACACCUCCUCUGUGCUGAGCUUAGUGGACCUGGCGGGCAGCGAGCGGCUGGACAGGUCCUUGUCCACGGGGGAGCGGCUGAAGGAGACCCAGGCCAUCAACACCAGCCUCUCCACCCUGGGCCUGGUCAUCAACGCCCUCAGCAACAAGGUAGCAGCCACUGCCCCUCGGGCACCAUGGCGGGGGGGGGGGGGUUCUGCCCCCAGGCUGAUGUUUGUGAACAUCUCCCCCCUGGAGGAGAACUUUGGGGAGUCCCUGAACUCCCUUCGCUUCGCUAGGAAGGUGAACGAGUGCGUCAUCGGCCAGGCCUCCAGCAACCGAAAGUAACCGGGCGCUUGUCUUCGUAUUUUUUUAAUCGUUUUACUGCUUUUUGUGUGUCUCUGUGUGCGUCUCUUUGGGUGGAGCUUUGAAACUUCUUCUGAAUAAAAAGGGGCGAAUCGCCAAG